UGCAACAGGUCUAGAUACCGGAAGAUUUUCAAAUGGUACAAAACGGUGCUUUGCUUCCGUUUUGCCACUUCGAUUUCAGAAUGGAAGGCCCUCUAUGUUUAGUUUGGUUGAUAUCCACAAUUUUGCUUGGCAGUUAUGCUCUUCAAGAGAUACAAAUAGAUGAGAAGAUUGAGAUGCGUUAUGUUGGGUGUUUCAGAGAUCUAUCAUCACGUGCAUUACCUGCAAGAAUUAUUAUGAACGUUGGUUCGUUAAAUUUGGGCGAGACGGUCAUCUCGAAGUGCAUUGAAAGCUGUAAAAGAAGAAACUACCCGUAUGCCGGUCUUCAGUUUAAAAUUGAGUGUUAUUGCGGCCACAUUUACGCCCGGUACGGUCAGGCUCCUGAAUCUGACUGCAACGAGCCUUGCUUAGAUGGAAGCGGGAAAUGUGGAGGCAUGUGGAAAUUCUGUCUACAAAACUGGUUGCGUCCAGCCAGAUCAUCCAAAAAAUGGUAAGGGUGUACGUCGAUUGAAUUACAAACAUGGCGAUGAUGCUGAUUAUUUAUGCAAUGAUAACUUCAAAUUGAAAGGAAAAAGACAAGUUUGCUCUGGAUUAAAUUGGUCCGGUAAAGUCCCAAAGUGCGAAGAAAUUCGAACUUGUCCGAAGAAAUUUACCGAUCCCAAGUUGUACAUAACGGCCGAGAAAUAUACACCCGGAUCUUUUGGUAUCUUUCGAUGCAAAGAUGGAUUUGAAUUAGAAGGUGACAGUCAGGCAAGUUGCCACCGGAACCUAACGUGGAGUGGGAGAAGAACAUGCCGAGAAUAUUGUCUGAUAUCUUUGGUUGGUGACAAUUUUCUUCCACAUGGUGGCUUAGUAGAGUUGAAAUGCCCUGGAACUGAGACUGUAAAAAAACGAUAUCGUUGCAACAAUGGCAAAUGGCAACUUAUAAAGGAUUUCGGAUGCCAGCCAGGCUGCGUUAAACCAUCGUCAUUUUUUGCAAAUGGCAAAAUAACAAUUAAAGGGAGCGUUGCAGAAAUUCGAUGUAAGCGCCGAUUCAAGAUUUAUGGAAAAAGCAAAUUGACCUGCCAGAAUGGAAAAUGGAGCGAUGAAUGGCCUAAUUGCAUAAGCAACAGAACGUGCAUUUCGAAAUUCUCCAAGCCGCUUUCUACGGUGACGAAGCUUACCCGCCAUCUGAACCCUCAGACAUUUAUGUGUGCCAGUGGCUACGAAAUAAAAGGGUCAGCAGUUCUACUCUGCUACCAUGGUAGUUUCCCAGCUACAUUGCCAAUAUGUGAGCCAUCAUCUUGCAAAAGUUCUUCGACAGCAAUAUCGUUUCAAGUUUUAUGCAAAUCAAAUGAAAAUGUUUACAUUGCUAAAGUAACAAAUAUUGAUGUCGCCGAAGCAAAACUGCUAAUUAUUGUCAGUUUGAAAGGGAGUCGGAUAGGUGAUACAAAUGUGAAAAUUCUUAACCUUGUUGAGCCGGAAAAAUUUGGAUGUCCAACAAUGAAGAGAGGAAAUCACUACAUUUUCUUUACAAGAAGUACUUUGAAUGAUGUCACCCGUGUUUUGCCAAUCGAUGAGGAUGGUAUGCAGACAAAGCAACUAUCCUUUCUCAAAUACUUUUGUGGAUAUUAAUCAUUCUUGAUAGAAUUACUAUUUUAGAUUAAUUCUAAAGGUUAAAAUUAAGAUAUACUUAGAAGGAUAAACUAUGUACUGUAAUGUUUUAUCACUUAUCAGGAGUUAUAACUAAAUUAGCUCUUUGCUCUGUUUUUCACAAAAAUGAUUUUAUCAUUAUCAAAUUGUCUUUAUCUAAGACAAUGGUUUUUUUGUGCGUGCAACUUUCAUAUUUCGUGUUAUUUGUGGACGUGAAAAAUCUUCUUUCAUUGCACACGAACAAAUCCUUAACGGAUUAUAUCUUGUUGAAAUAUUCCCCAGUAAAGUUACCACGCUCUAUUGCCAAAAUUCUGUGCUAUAAAAUUGAGUAGGAAUAAAUUAUGUAUUUAUUUACUUCUAUCCUCUACUUAUGCAUUAUGUGCUUUGCUUUGAGUGAAUUUGUAAAAACCGAUCACGAUGGAAAUAAAGUCGACAAUUCUCA